AUGUCGGUCCUGUCCGAGUCAUCGGAUAGCUCUCCGGAACCGGCCAGCAUCGGCCAGGGGCAGGCCGGGGCUAGUGGGGCGGGCGACCGGCGUGAUGUCGAGCCAAGUCAGGAGACACCGGUGCUAGAGGGGGCCAAGAAUGCGAUGUGGCCUGAUCGUGUCAAAGCCGCCCUAGGUGAAGCUCAGGACUUUGGGAAGUUCAGGGAGAAGAGAACGUUCAAGUUCCUUCACCUCUUCAGCGGUCCGGAUGAUCGCUUAGCGGCCGCGCUCGUUGAGGAGGGCAAGAAGGCGAACCUGGUGGUGUCGGUGGACAGCAUCGACAUCAAGAAAGACCCAUCAGCGGACCUUAGAAAGAACGAGGUCAUGGACCGGUUCGAAGCACAAGUGUCGGGGGGCAACUACGAUGGGUUUCAUGCAGGGUUCCCCUGUGGUAGCUUCAGCAGAGUGAGGUGGGUGCAAAGGGAUGAUAUGCCAGGACCUGUAAGGUCAAGAGAGCAUCCUUAUGGGCUGCCCAGCAACACCCCAGCCCAGCAGGAUGAAGCAGAUCAUGGAACCCUCAUGGCAACCAGAUCGAUGGUGCUGAUGCAGAAGCAGACGCUGUCACAAAGGAGCCGAAGGGUGCCUCAAGCAGCGACGGCGGAAAACCCUCCUGGUGACGAAGACGGCCCAGCCGGCAGUGCUUGGAUGCUUCAGGAAGUUGCUGAAGUGUUGGAACUGACAGGUUCAAGCAUUGCGGACUUCAAUACCUGCUCCUACAUGACAGGCAAGGAGAGGUACUUCAAGCCGGCGAGAUGGGUUGGGAGGUUGGAGAACCUGGACACUCUAGCCAGAGUGUGCAGGUGCCCAGCAUGGGUCAGGCACAUCCCCGUGACGGGCAAGAGCGUGACGGUUCAUGCAGGAGUUUAUCCGGACAGGCUGUGCGAGGAAGUCGCAAAGCUUUACAUCGCAGCUUGGAAGAGAACCCUGGAGUUGGAGUUUUGGAGGUGGAAGCUGACGCAGAAGGCAGAGGAGAUCUCAACUUUAAAAGAAGGGUGGUUGAGAAACGAAGAGAAAAGAAUUUCAGAGAAGCAGGCGUCCAUGGGCAUCCGUAAGAUGGGACACGUGGACGAAGUGAUGCCGGAGAUCAAGAAACCCACAGCGAUGGUUGACAUGGACCCGGAGAAGGAGACGGGCCCCAGUUCGUCGACAGGCAUGUCGAAGAAGCAGAGACGGGAGGCGGAAAACGAGUUCUGUGUAGGCGGGAUGAGAAACCCGCUGGGAGCGGUCAAGAGGCUGUGGAAGGUGAAGAACCUGGGCAAGAAGAUCAGGCUAGCCUGGGAGGAAUUCAUGGCCGAGAGACCAGGAGCUCUGACGCUGGGGGAGAGGUAUGGCUCAACGGAGGCACAGUUUGACCAGGUGAUUGCAAUGGAGUGGCAAGUCAGAUUGUCGACAUUGCUGGGGGUGAAGCAGAGGGACGGCAUCACGCUCAGGGAUAAGCUGAUGUUCAAGAGCCCCCUCAACGUGGACCUUUGGAGAGCCUGGUUCAAGGAGACGGGCGACCCGGACUACCACGUGGCGGAGUGGGCCGAGGAGGGCGUCCCUUUGGGCAUGAACGUGCCCAUCCCUCCGUCGAAUGGGGUAUACCCGACAACGGGUGAGAUCACCCCGGAAUUCAUGGAGGAGGGCCCGGAAAUCGAGAUGCAGUCCCACCUGACAAACUACAAGUCUUUUGUGGAGGCGCCAGAAGAUGCGGAGAUCGAAGUCCAAAGGUAUGUGGAGAAGGGCUUUGCCAUAUUGAUGGACUGGGAAGAAGUGCAAUCUUACUUCGACAAGGGCACGGUGAGCCGCCUGGCGCUGAUCUUGAAGGAGAAGCCAGACGGAAGCAUGAAGCGCCGAGUGGUGGUCGACCUUCUCAGGUCGGGGGGCAACAGCCGCACGACCACACCGGAGAGAAUCGUGCUUCCUCGCAUCGUCGACGUGACGAGAAUGGCAAGAGAUAUGGCCGUCAAGAACGAGGGAGACAAUGAAGACAGGAGCGCCGAGUUCGUCAUGUUUGACUUGCAGGAUGCCUUCUGCCACUUCCCGGUAUGCCGUGAGGAGCUCUCCAACUGCCUGGCACCUGGAAACAGAGAAAACCAAGCAAUCCUGUUCAGGGCCUUGCUGUUUGGUUUCAAGUCGGCACCACUGCUGAUGGGAAGGCUGAGCGCAGCAGUGGGAAGGCUCUGGCAAUCCUUGAUGUCCCCCACGGAGGGCCAGAUGCAAAUCUACGUGGACGACGUGCUGACGUUGAUCAACGGCACGGAUGAUGAGAAGGCCAACCUCAUCGCGUUGGGCCUCUACACGAUGAAGGCCUUCGGAGUGCAGAUUGCCCUGGCGAAAGGUGAAAGAGGGCAGCAGGUGCAGUGGAUUGGAGUGAAGAUGUUGCUGCAAUGGCCGGAAAGCCCACUGGAUGGGUCCAUCACCUACUCGGCGCCGAAGAAGAUGAUAGAGGAGAUCGUGGACACGCUGAGGUCAUGGCAGACCAAGGGCAUGGUCUCACAUCGGGAGCUGAGGAGCACCACGGGCCGCUUGAGCUGGGUCGCCGGAAUAUUGCCCAGACUCAGAUGGGCGGUAUCAGUGCUGUUCGCAGUUCUUCAAGAUGCUGAAGAGGAUGAACGGAUGGGUGCAGAAGAUGAAAGGGCCCAGAAGCGGCAAGACAACAGGCCAAAAUACGGCUUGGUGGCAGUGAAGCGCUUUGGGGCCACGGUGAAGUGGCUGAUCGCCAUCCUCUCGAAGGCAGACAAGUUUGAGAGACCGGUCACCAUGGGCAUCCUUACAGACGCAUCCCCAUUGGGACUGGGAGCAGUCUUGGUGCAUGUAGACACCCUGACAAAGGCAGUCUUCCUUGUGGAAGCGUUCGAGGCAAAGUUCUCCUUGGCUGAGGCGACGUUGCUGGGCGUGGAACACGGGGAGUCGUCCAGUCAGGGCAUCCUGGAGGCGUUGGCAGUGUUCCGAGCAGUGAAACUGUGGCGCACUCGACUCCAAGACCGGGCGGUGUUUGUGCGCAGCGACAGUGUGGUCGCAUUGGCAAUGACAAGAAAAUUGGCAAGCUCGACACCGGCGCUGAACCACCUGGGAGGAGAGCUUGCGAUCGCGCUGGAACAGUUCAACAUCCUGCGCUUGGUGCCACAACACAUCCCGGGAGUGAUGAACCUGGAACCGGACUGGCUGUCCAGACCUCACGACAGAGCCGAAGCCAUGCCCGACAACCUCAAGAAGAUCCGUGUCAAACAGCUCGCACCGGUGACGGCCGAAGAUUUUGCCUUACCACCUCCAGGGGACAAGAUUCACCCAUGGGAGGGAUUGCCGCCACAUAACGUGUCGGUGUUUCACAAUCUUUGA